AUGCUCUCCGCAUUUACGGCUCGACCCAUCAUCGAGCUCAAGCAGAGAGACAAGUCCAAGAUCGAGUCCAUCCUCGCCUACGGUGACCGUGUCCUCGUCGGCUUGAAUACGGGAUCCCUCAGAAUAUACCGUGUAAACGAACUUCCACCCGCUCCUCCUCCUCCACCACCACCGAGCCAGUCUGCCAACGGAACGUCGUCCCAACAACCGAGCGAAGCUACAACCGAGUCGACGACCCAAGACCCCAAUGGACCUUCGACGACGACCCAAGAGUACCAGGCUGCCGCGCCAGGCUUUUACAAUGCCCAAGCCGCGCCGAGAGGCCCCAAGCCCACCGACCUCCUCCGCGAGGUAGAAAAGUUCUCGACGCGCGCUAUCGAACAACUCGCCAUAAUCAAGGAAGCCAACAUCAUAAUAUCGCUGUCCAACUACAACGGCGUUGCCCUCCACGACCUCCAGACCUUUGAACCUAUCGAGUUCCCCACAGCCCGGACGAAAAGCGCUUCCACUUUUGCCGUCACGAGCAAUAUUGUCAAGGAUCCCGACACUGGGAUACCCGAGAUUAUAUCGCGUCUAGCUGUUGCUGUAAAGCGCCGCUUGCUGCUGUGGUCAUGGCACGAGAGCGAGCUCUCCCCCGACGUCACCGAAAUAGUCCUGUCCGAGGCCAUCCGGUCUCUGACAUGGGCCAACGCAAACAAGGUGGUCUGCGGCAUGAACGGUGGCUACCAAAUAGUCGAUAUCACAACCGGUCAGAUGGAGGAUAUUGUUGGUCCUGGGGCUAUUGGGGCAGCAGGAGGACAAAGUCGCUUUGGCGCUACAGUCAGUAUGGGAUAUAUGGGAUUGGGCAACUUUACGCCCAAACCGCUGUCGGCGAAGCUCGCCGAGGGUCAGUUAUUGCUUGCCAAAGACAUCAACACGUUAUUCAUCAAUGACGCCGGGAAGGCCUUGGAGAAGCGCCAGAUUCCUUGGCAAGCUGCUCCUGAGAGCAUAGGAUAUAGCUACCCCUAUAUUCUUGCCUUACAAUCACCGACCAAGGGCAGUCUCGAAGUACGGAAUCCGGACACACUGAACCUGCUCCAGACCAUCAGUCUCCCUGGUGCCGCUUCUCUGCAUUUCCCACCACCCACGGUCAGCCUGGCACAUGCUGGAAAGGGCUUCCACGUCCUGAGCGAAAGAGUGGUGUGGAAAAUGGAUGCUACGGACUAUGAUUCCCAGAUCGACGAGCUGGUAAAAACCCAGAGGUAUGACGAAGCCAUUAGCAUCUUGGCUAUGUUGGAGGACGCUCUUCUCAAGAACAAGACUGAGACCAUGCGCGAAGUCAAAAUGCUCAAGGCCGAACUGCUCUUCCGUCAAAGGAAAUUUCGCGAGUCUAUGGACCUGUUCAAUGAAGACGAGGUCCAUGCUCCGCCUGAGAGAGUAUUAAGACUCUUUCCCAAGAUCAUUGUGGGAGAGCUGGGCGUUGAUGAGAAGAAGCCUGAAGAGCCGCAGGAAGAGUCGGACCACGAAGCGCCCCCUAACGGUAAAGCAAAUGGAGAUCAUGCACCCAAGGAGGAUGAGCCGCAUUCUGAGGUAUCGUCGCCACAGAAAGGAGGCGGGUUUGCCAAGUACCUCAUGGGUCACGGUCGCAAGAAGUUUGAUCCCGAAACCUCAUCCAUAGUCUCUUCCAGAAGAGCCCCAGUCGAUGAUGAUGCGGCCAGCAUCAAGGGCAAGACGGCCGAGGAACAACGCGCCCAAGACGAAAAGGAUCUCAUGACAGCCGUCUCGGAGCUGAACAGCUACCUGGCCGGAGCCAGAGCGAGACUUCAGAGAGUCAUUGAUCCAGUGACCGGAAAGUUGAAGCCGCGCAAGUCAGCAAACGGGGUCACAGAGGAGGCGUUCAAUACACUCCUAAUGUCUCACAAGGAUGAGGAUGACGAACAGCUUGAGAAGGAUCUACAGGAGACUUUCAGAGUUGUCGACACCACUCUGUUCCGCGCCUUCAUGUACUCCCGUCCCACAUUGGCCAGCUCCCUUUUCAGAAUCCCCAACUUUUGCGACCCACAGGUUGUUAACGAGAGGCUUGUAGAGCACAACCGGUUCAACGAGCUAGUUGACUUCUUCUACGGCAAGAAGCUUCAUCGCCAGGCUCUAGAUCUGCUUCGCAAGUUUGGCUCGCCAGACGAGCCUGAUGAGGCGGCGCCUACGUUGCACGGUCCCCAAAGGACGGUCCUGUAUCUUCAAGGCCUCCCGCCUGAGAUGAUCGACGUCAUUCUCGAAUUCUCAGAGUGGACUUUGAGGAAAGACCCCAAGCUGGGAAUGGAGGUUUUCCUCGCCGACUCGGAGAAUGCCGAGACUCUCCCGAGAGCCCGGGUCCUCCACUUCUUGGGCGGCAUCGACACAGCCUUGGAGAUCCAAUACCUGGAGCAUAUCAUUUCGGAGCUGAACGACAUGACUCCCGAGUUUCACAACCGCCUUGUCGAGUUGUUUAUCAGACAGCUCAGGGAGGAGAAAAAACAAGGGAAGGAGGAAGAGUGGGACUCUCUCAUGGAGCGAUUGGUACAGUUCUUGAAGGACAGUCGGCAGUACAGCCUCGGAAGAGCGUUCAGUCUCAUUCCCCGAGACGACCCACGCUUCUAUGAAGCGCGAGCUGUUGUCCUUAGUAACAUGGGUCAACACAAACAAGCCCUAGAAAUUUACGUCUUCCAAAUGAAAGACUACAAAAAAGCAGAAGAAUACUGCAACCGCAUCCACAAAUCCUCCGAACACCCUCAACCCACCUCCCCCUCCCACCCCCCGGGCACCACCACCAUUACCUCGCCCUCCUCCACCGAAGACCCUUCUCAAGACGAAGCCCACCCCUCCAUCUACCAUACCCUGCUCUCCCUCUACCUGACCCCUCCCUCCCCUCACAAACCCAACCUGCCACCCGCCCUCGACCUCCUCUCGAAGCACGGCUCUCGCCUGCCCGCCACCUCCACCCUCUCUUUGAUCCCUGACGACCUGCCCGUUUCCGAGCUCGAGUCCUACUUCCGCGGCCGCAUGCGCAACGCGAAUAGUAUCGUUAACGAGACCCUCGUCGUUGCAGGCCUGAGGAAGACCGGGUUAGUUACCAGCCAAGCUCUUCUCUUGUUGGGCGAUGGGUUACCGAAGGGAGCGGUUCUGCCGGGUGGUGGAAGCAGAGUGGGAGGAAGAAAUAGACGGGUGGUGAUUGGGGAGGAGAGAGUUUGUGGAGUUUGUCAUAAACGGUUGGGUGGGAGCGUCGUGGCGGUUUUGCCAGGAGGGGAAGAUGCGGUUGUUCAUUAUGGGUGCUUGGGGAGGAGUCAGCAGGGGAAGGGUAUGGGGAUUGGUGAAUUGGCGAGCCCCGGGCAGACGGGGAGUGUGAAGAGUGGUGCGAGUGGGACGCAAUAUGGCGCUUGGGGGAGGGGGUAGGUGGUGGUGGUAGUGGUGGUUUGGGAUAGGAGGUUCAAGGCCUUGUUAUGAAUAUAAAUACCGGUAUGAAUGAUGAAUGUUUAGGUUAUUAUGAAAUGAAAGGGAAUGGAAUUGGUUCUGGCAUGAUGAUAUAUCUUUAGGUGGUGUAGCAUCUAGCGGCGGUUGGUUUCUUUUCUCUCUAUCGUGUUUUAUGCUUAUAUGUGCAUCGCAGGAUUACUCAAUCAGAAGAUACUAUGUACCAUCC